AUGGCGUCGCCUAGGUCUCAACCUGAGCAGUAUUUCAUCAAGAAUAGCACUCCUCACGUUCCAAAUUCGCCCUUGCCGGUGCUCAUCUACCGAUCAGCUUUACCACCUGAUCCAGACCCGAAUUCAGUAUGUGCAACGAUUGAACCCAACAACUGGCUUAAAGGUGGAGUAUUUAAGCAUUAUCCAGCCCAUCAUUUCCACUCUGUCACCCAUGAAUGCUACGCUGUAUUCAAAGGGCGCAGCCGGUUAUUGCUAGGGCGAGGACCUUUGGACGAGGAGAGCGAGAAUGACCUACUGGUUGACUUGAAUGUUGGAGACGCGAUUGUUCUACCUGCUGGUGUUGCUCAUUGCAGUCUAGAAAGCAGUGAUGAUUAUGAAUAUGUUGGCUUGUACCCAAAGGGAAGUCCACACUGGGACAACAACUUCUGCAAAGCAGGUCUAGAAGAGACUAUAGAGAAGGAAAUAAAUGCUAGAGCCGUACCAAUCCCUCCUUCGGACCCAGUGUUUGGUGCUGGAGGGCCACUGGUAGAGAUUUGGAAGCAGGCUGCAGCAUGUAAUUCAUGA